AUGGUUUCCUGGUUCUCAAUCCCCAAGAACUCGCCCUUCUCGUUGGCCAACAUCCCCUUUGGCAUCAUCUCCUCCGCCAACGCCCCCGCGCGAGUGGCCGCCAUCGCCAUCGGAGACCAUGCACUGAACCUCAGCGUCUUCGCAUCCUCUGGCGGCUUUUCCCAGCUCCCAGCCAUUCAGUCUCAUCUCGGCGUCUUCUCGCAGCCUACGCUGAACGCCUUCGCGGCGCUGGGUCGCCCCGUGCACCGCCAAGUGCGCGAGUACAUCCAGAGUGUUUUCCGCGCCGACACAACCCUUCCCCAGAUCCUUAAGGACAAUGGAGCUCUGCAAAAGGAUGCCCUGCUCCCCUUAAGCGAGGUGACCAACCAUGUCCCCAUGCAGAUUGGUGACUAUACCGAUUUCUACGCGGGUCUGAACCACGCAUACAACGUGGGUGUGCUGUUCCGCGGGCCCGAAAAUGCCCUCCAGCCCAACUACAAGCAUCUGCCCGUCGCAUACCACAGUCGUGCCUCCUCCGUCGUCACAUCCGGCACACCUAUCCAUCGCCCCAACGGUCAGAUCUUGACCAACCCCACGGCAGACCCGAAAAUCCCCGCCUUCUCUCCUUGCAAGAAACUUGACAUCGAGCUCGAGCUGGCGGCAUUCGUCUCUAGACCCAACACCCUGGGCCAUCCAGUCCCCAUCAGCGAGGCUGAAGACCACAUCUUCGGUCUCGUGCUCAUGAACGACUGGUCCGCUCGCGAUAUCCAGGCAUGGGAAUACGUGCCCCUGGGCCCAUUCAACGCAAAGAACUUCGCGACGACCAUUACCCCCUGGGUCGUGUUGCUUGAUGCCCUGGAGCCGUUCCGCUCGGCAGGUCUCGAGCCCGGAGACCGCGACUCGCUACUCCCGUAUCUGCAGGAGAAGAAGGCCGCAAAUGUCUACGAUAUUCCGCUCGAGGUGGAGCUCACGAGCGCCGGUGGCAAGCCCACGCUCGUCUCCCAGUCCAAUGCGAAGAAUCUGCUGUACUCGUUCCCGCAGAUGCUAGCUCAUCACACUAUCACGGGGUGUAACAUGAACCCGGGUGAUUUGCUAGGCAGUGGCACGAUCUCCGGCACGGAGCCGAAGACGCAGGGUAGUUUGCUGGAGCAGACGAAUGGGAAGAGUCCGAUUACGUUGGCGGAUGGAUCGGAGCGUAUCUUCCUGGAGGAUGGCGACACGAUCGUUCUUAGGGGUAAGGCGGGUACGGAGGGUAAUUAUGUUGGAUUUGGAGAUUGUACGGGGACGAUUCUUCCGGCUGUGAAGUUGGAGUUUUAG